AUGUGCAGAUUUCUUAUUUUCAAAGGCACUGAUCCUAUUCUAUUGGCUCACCUUUUAACACGGCCAGCCCAUUCUAUUAUAAACCAGUCGUAUGACUCUCGACUUCGACUGGAUACGCGCAGACCCAUUAAUGGUGAUGGCUUUGGAGUCGGAUAUUAUCCUAACAACCGCAACGAUCCUGAGCUUAGUGACGGAGGUCCAUGUGUUUACUGCGCCAUUACUCCUGCAUGGAACAAUGUGAACCUUGAGCGCUUAGCAGACAAGACCAAGUCUGAUUUAAUUUUUGCUCACGUCCGCGCAUCUACUGCAGGCAUUCUUUCCGAGUCAAACUGCCAUCCAUUCGUUUACCAUACUCUCAUGUUUAUGCAUAAUGGUAACGUCUCAUGCUUUGAAAGAAUUAAGAAGCGUCUUGCCGAUCACGUUCGCGAAAAGUACUUUUUAAUUGUCCAAGGUGGCACUGACUCUGAAUGGGUUUUUUCUCUUUUCCUUGACUGCCUUGAGACUUUAGGUGCUGAUCCAUCAGCCAAAAAUGGAAAGUUUGAUCCUAAAAUGCUUCGCCAGGCUCUCCUUAAUGCUAUUGAAUACAUUAAGGAUUGGACAAAAGAAGCUAAUGUCCCACCAAACGAACCAAGUUUACUUAACAUUGCCAUCACGGACGGCGACAGUGUUGUUGUUUCACGUUAUGUUACUAGUAAAACUGAAGAAGCUGCUUCGCUUCAUUUCUCGUCUGGUACACGUUUCUUUGAGUACAGUCCUGGCCAGUAUCGCAUGGAACGUCGUGACAAGGGUCAGAAUAUUAUUAUGGUCGCUUCCGAACCUCUCACAUUUGAGCGCAACGAUUGGAUUACUAUUCCCACUAACACAAUCCUCACGAUCAAAGGACAAACAGUUUUAAUACACCCCAUUCUCGACGAAUACCAUCAGCCUGAUCCUUCAGUCACUAGAUCCAGUGGCUUUGCUGAGAGCAAAGGUCUUGUCAGUGCUAUGCCUGUCGAAACUUCGACAGGAGAUGUUCCUCCUUUGGAAAGAGAAGGCAGAAGAAGAGAUUCUCUUGUUGCCAGCUCUAUUGCUUCUUGUGCUUAA